AUGUAUCGUUAUUUUACUAAACAAAGAUCACAUCGAUAUAUCAAUGUGCUACAAGAUUUUGUCAAGACCUAUAAUUCGACACCCCACAGAAGUCUUAAUAACAUUGCUCCUAAGGAUGUAAACAAAGAAAACGAAGCAGACCUUUGGGCUUUCAUGUAUCUAAAACCUAAAAAACCUAAAAAACCUAAAAAAUUUCAUUUUAGAUUGAAUGAUUCAAUCAGACUCUCUAAAAUUCAUAUGGUUUUUAAUCGAUCGUACGAUGAACAUUUCACUAGAGAAAUUUUCAAAAUCAGAAAACGCUUUCGCAUGCAAGCUAUACCUGUUUAUAAAAUUUCCGAAUUUGAUAAUUCCCCAGUCCAAGGAUUAUUUUAUGAGCAAGAAAUGAUAAAAGUAGACAAAGAUGAAAAUUCUAUGUGGUUUAUAGAAAAGAAAGUUAAAAAGCGUAAACGGAAUGGACAUAUUCAGUGGUUAGUGAAAUUUGAAGGAUGGCCAGCCAAAUAUAAUCAAUGGAUUGAAGAGGGAGAUAUCACUGAGCCACAAGACUCUUAA